GCUCCACCAUGGCGUCAGGUUCAUGGUGAUAUUGCUUAUAUUUUGGUGACAACAAAAGAAGGAACUCGACUCUCUAUUACUGCGGCAACAUGUGGUUAUUUUGAAAAUAAAGGAAAAACAGAUGAGAACGAAAUAGAUUAUGAACGAUCAAGUCUGGUUUUCCCACUUUGAUGGCUCUGCUAAAGGCAAAAAGUGAACACUUUGCUUCAACCAUUGAUAAAAAGGAGUUUGCCUACCACGGAUUACCAAAAACGGCAAAUACUGAACUUUCAUUUGAAAAUGGUAAAAAGGAAUGGUCAGAUAACGAGACUGUUUUCAAAAAUGAUGUUGGUCCAUUGAAGGAUGGCGAAGAUGCGGUGGACAAAGAUUUUCGAAAUAACGCAGAUGGAAGUGCUGUAACAACGAACACGGCAAAUGCACCAACAAAAACGAACAAGUCAAAGAAAAAACCUAAACCUAAACAUUUGGAACCUUCGCCAAAAUGGAAAUCAGUCGGUUUAGGAAACAAUAGUAUUGAAAAAGAGAUUGAGAAGAAUGUUCAAAACAAGUCAAAUGGUAAAAGAACGCGUUCUAGUUUCGAGAAAAAGAGUGCUAAAGAAACGUCAAUGAAAAUUGCGUUGAACGACAACGUUGAAGAAUUCAGCGAAAGCUCAUCUGAAAGUGAAGAAGAAGAGGAAAGCCAUGACAGACGACAGGAGUCGAAUGCUGAUCUUCCCUCAGAAUAUUGGCAGAUCCAGAAAUUGGUGAAAUACCUGAAAGGAGGAAACCAAACUGCCACAAUCAUUGCGUUAUGCUCGAUGCGAGAUUUCAAUCUCUCUCAGGAAACAUGUCAGUUAGCGAUAAGAGAUGUCGGUGGUUUAGACGUUCUCAUAAACCUUUUGGAAACUGACGAGAUAAAAUGCAAGAUCGGUUCCUUGAAAAUUCUCAAGGAGAUAUCAGUAAAUACCGUCAUCAGAAAAGCGAUAGCAGAUUUAGGAGGUUUGGAAACGAUGGUAAAAAUCCUUCAAUCUCACGAUAAGCAGCUGAAAUGCCUUGCAGCCGAGACUAUCGCCCAUGUGGCGAAGUUCAGACGUGCAAGAAGAACUGUCCGUAAAUAUGGCGGCAUAACAAAACUGGUGAAUUUAUUAGACUGUGGCUUACUGUCUAAUGCCGCAGACUUGGACAUGAACGUGGCUAGGGCAGGUGCACUUGCGCUGUGGAGCUGCAGUAAGAGCACGAAGAAUAAGUUAGCUAUAAAGAAAGCCGGUGGAAUUCCUUUACUGGCGAGGUUGUUGAAAUCUACACAUGAUGAAAUGCUGAUACCUGUCGUUGGCACUUUACAAGAAUGUGCUUCAGAGCCAAGUUAUAGGCUUGCAAUUCGCACAGAAGGCAUGAUCGAAGACCUUGUAAGAAAUUUGAAAAGUGACAAUCAGGAAUUGCAAAUGCAUUGUGCAAGCGCAAUAUUUAAGUGUGCUGAAGAUGCCAAAACUCGUGAUCUUGUCCGUGAAUAUGGUGGCCUUGAUCCUUUGGUCACAUUGCUUCAGGCUGCUGAGAAUAAAGAUCUGCUGGCAGCCGCAACUGGUGCCAUAUGGAAGUGCUCUAUCAGCCCCGAGAAUGUUUCAAGGUUUCAAGAGUUAAAAGCAAUUGAACAGCUUGUUGCUUUGCUGAAUGAUCAACCGGAAGAGGUUCUCAUUAAUGUUGUCGGAGCUCUUGGUGAAUGUGCUCAGAUUCCUGUCAACAGAACUUCGAUACGUAAAGCAGGAGGAAUCUCGCCGCUGGUGAACCUUUUGACGAGUACAAACCAAGCUUUGUUGGUUAAUGUCACUAAAGCUGUCGGAGCAUGCGCAACUGAACCUGAUAAUAUGACAAUCAUUGAUCGUUUGGAUGGAGUUCGUUUACUGUGGUCUUUGUUGAAAUCUCCGAAUCCAGAGGUUCAAUCCAGCGCAGCUUGGGCAGUGUGUCCUUGCAUUGAAAAUGCUAAGGACGCUGGAGAAAUGGUUCGCUCGUUUGUUGGGGGUCUGGAACUUAUCGUCAGUCUUCUGAAAUCAAGUGAUAGAGAAGUUCUUGCGAGUGUAUGUGCUGCUAUAGCGAAUAGCAAAGAUGAAGAAAACCUUGCGGUGAUUACAGACCAUGGAGUCGUUCCAAUGCUGGCUAAACUUACUAACACAAAUGAUGACAGAUUAAGACAAUACUUGGCCGACUCGAUUGCAAGGUGUUGCACCUGGGGAAAUAAUCGCGUGGCUUUUGGCCGUGCUGGAGCUGUUGCACCGUUAGUUCGAUAUCUCAAGUCUCAAAAAUUGGACGUUCAUCGUGCCACUGCACGUGCUCUUUACCAAUUGUCACGUGAUCCUAACAACUGCAUUGCAAUGCACAAUAGUGGCGUCGUCAAGCCAUUGAUAGUAAUGGUUGGCUCAUCCGAUGAUGUCUUGCAAGAAGCUGCCGCAGGCUGUUUGGGAAACAUUCGGAGACUGGCACUAGCCAACGAGAAAGCCAAAUAUCAAUGAUGAGCGUCACCGUAAGCUUGAAGUUUUAUUGCUUUACUCAUUAUUUCAUUUGUUUGACAUAGCUCGGUUAUUUAUUUUGUCAUACGAGUUCUUAAUUACCUCGCUUUUAGAAAAAUUACAGUGCUACAGUUCGUAUAGCAGCUAUA